AUGGAUACAAACGUCAGGGAAAUUGCACAGUUGUUGGACCAACUUUUGGAAAAAGUUGGGGUGAACUCACAAUCCUAUCUACAGGGUGGUCAUCUACCAUGGGAAGAUUUCACUGUCUCUCAUCCAGGACCAGAUCAUGGAUUGCUGAGAGGACAAGUGAAGGAAAUCCAGUUUCCAAAGGUGCAAACCACAGAAGAAUGGAGAAGGAGCUGCAGUUUAGAAUCCUUGCAAUUAACAUUAGAGCAUCUGUUAAAUGAAGGCAAUAUUAUUUUGAAUUCAGGAAAUGGUGUUGGAGAGAUGGAGUUUACAGAGGAGACUGUUCCUGAUUCUGAGUCAAGACUUUCUGAAGUCAUGGAACUUUAUCAGCAGCGAAUUCAGUGGCUGUUGCAGGACAGCAGAAAGGUGUUUGGUGUUAUAAAAGGAACCAAAGUUGCACUUAUGGUUGAUGUGUCACAUCUGAGUCCUGGCCCCACACUGUUGCAUUUCCAGAGGUACCUUCUGUGCUUGCUAGAUGAGCAGCUUUGUUACAAGAAGCAAUUGUACUGCCUCUCCUUCAGUACAGAAAUUUCACCACUGUGGGAGAGCCCCAAACCCAUCAAUAUUCAUGUGCUACAUGAGGCAAGACAGUGGAUCCAAGAACUGGAGCCUGGUCAAGGCUGCAAUUUGCUGAAAGCCUUAAAGCAUGUCCUUACAGUCAAAGAACUGAAUUCCCUGGUUCUUGUUGUAGGAAGCUGCCCUGAUCAGUCUUUGGAAAUAUUGUCUGAUUAUGCUCAGCAGUGUAUGCUGGGGAGAAAACUGCAGACUCACACUGUUAUAUAUGAUUGCAGCAAUCCUGCUGCUCUUGCAGUUCUGAAGAACCUUGCUGGAGCUGUAAGAGGCAGUUAUCACUGCUACUCUUCAAAGGAAGAGAAUUUUGAUAGCAGUGAUUUUCAUCUGCUACUUCAGGAAUUCCAGAAGGCUGAAGACCUACUGAAGAGCAUCAAACAGGCUUCUCAAAGAACUGGUGGCUCACCAAGUAGUAGAACAGCAGAUGUUUCUACAGAAUUUACAAAUCCAGCACCUUCCAGCUUCUUCCCAAAGCCUCCAAAGCAGGAAGGACCAUUAGCCAUUCAAACCCCAUGCAUCUUGGCCAAAACCUCAGCAGACUGGUUAAAGACGUAUGGAUUGAAAGCUAAAAAGUUAAACCUCUAUCAAGUUUUGGCUCCCAAUGCUUACUCUCCUGUGGAAGAGUUUGUACCUAUUCUUAAAAAAAGAGUGUCAUCAACUCUGCAUGAGAAAGUGAUGAUGCAGUUGGAGUGGUAUAAUGGAACUGUGAAAAAUGUCCACAUUGACCUGCCAGUAUUGUAUAACUAUCAGAAACUCCUUGCUGAAAUGGUAAGGAUCUAUGAGAAACGAAUUGCCUGGCUGUCUGCUGCUAGCAGAAGAAUAUGGGGAAGUGUUUGUGAAAGGAGGGUGGUAAUACUUGUUGACAUAUCAGUGACAAACUCUGCAUACAUCAACCACAUCCAACAUUCUAUGCGACUUCUACUUGAGGAGCAAAUGGCAAACAAGGAUUACUUCAAUAUUAUAGCAUUUGGGAGUGACAUUGUGCCGUGGCAGCAGGAACUGGUUCCUUGCCAACCAGAAAACUUAGAAGAGGCUUGGAGGUGGGUGUUGCGCUUGCAGUGCAAGGGCAGUAGAAAUUUCAUGAGUGCACUCAGGAGAGCUGUGGAAGUAGACUUCAAAGACAGAGAUAAACACACAUCACAAGGACUUUACCUGCUGACUACUGGAAUACCUGAUCAGGAAACACACACAGUCAGUGCUUACGUGGCUGAGGUUUGCAGAGGUUUUGAUUUACAGCUUCAUGUCUGUCUGUCCAGUGUAAUGAAGGACAUUGACUCCACUGGGAUUAUUCCAGCUCGCUAUGCUAACCCGACAGAAACUGCCAAUGCCUUUAAAGAAAUAGUGCAGGCAGCCAAGGGGAGAUUUCACUGGUUUGGAGAAGCAGGUGUUUUUGAAAGUGAUGAUAUCACUCAUAUUGUGUCUGAAAUGGAAAAAGCAAACAAUUACUCCCAAAAGUGUGCUUUCCUUGUGCAAUCCUUGAAGCAAUGUUCAGGAAAUCAGUCUGUGAAUCCAUUACCAGAAGGAGACUCAAAUGUGCUUAUGAAGCAAGACAAAAGAAGGCCCCAAAAGUUGCCAUCUCCUAAACCCACAGCUCUGAGUCUGGCUAGAAUGGCUGUUAAAGACAACCAUGGUGCAGAGAGAAACACUUCUGUAAGAGUACUGGCCUGGCGUCCUCCUAGUGCCAAAGCAGAAAUUCCACCUGCACGAGCAGUAAAAGAAAGGACUCAGACUGAGAGUACAGGAAAGCAGAAAUCAGGGAAGCAGCCAGAGCUUUCUGUGUCGGUAUUUUACACCGAUAAAGGAAGAAAUGUGGGUACAGUCUAUCAGAAGUAUCCACAGAUAAAGCGCAUAAGAAAAUCUGUUCCCUCUGUUACAUUGCCAAAAGAAGAGGAAAUCUGUUCAAGCAAAAAGUGGCUGACCAAAUACAGUAUUAAAAAGCUUAGACUGGAAUUGCCCAAACUGAUGUUUGGUCCCAGCUGUACACACCGAAACAAAACUGUGGAGAUUCUGCACAAGAAAGUAUCAGCAAAAUACUGUUCUAUCUUCCCUAGUGCAGAAAUCAAUGGGGUUGUGAAACAUCUGCAGUUUCAACCUAAAGAACUGGAAAUGUACAUGGAGCAACUGGAGCAGGUGCUGCAGCGCUAUGUUCAGAGAAUACAGUGGCUUCUGUCAGGAAGCCGAAGAUUGUUUGGUACCAUUUUAGAACGAAAUGUCUGUGUGUUGAUUGAUACAUCUGGUUCCAUGGACCCACAUUUGCCACAUAUCACGAAAGAACUGACCUCCCUUAUCUGGGAACAGCUGAGGAAAAAUGAAGUCAGGUUUAACCUGCUGAGGUUUGCAGAGAAUACAGAGAGUUGGAAGGACUAUCUUGUAGAGGCAACUGAUGAAACAUGUCACGAUGCUGUGCAGUGGGUUUCCAAAUUCCAUGCUCAUGGUAGCACGUGCAUACUUACAGCUUUACAGAAGGCCCUUGGUUUCCAAGGAGUAGAGGCACUGUAUGUAUUGACUGAUGGAAAACCAGACACCAGUUGCAGUCUGAUUUUGAAAGAAACCGAAAGUUUGAGAAAGAAACACGGCAUUAAAAUCCACACCAUUUCUUUUAGCUGUGCAGACAGAGGAGCUAAAGAAUUCCUGAGGAAACUUGCUUCCCAGACAGGAGGGCGCUACCACUGCAGCUUGGGAGGAGAAGAUGGACAAUUAGCAGCACACAGAAUGGUGACAGAAGGGAUUGAUGAUGAAAAUGAUCCAGUUUUCCCUUGCUUUGAAGGACAUGAUUUAAAGAUACUUACUAAAGAAGCAGCAAAAGCUAGAAGUUUCUUAAAGCAGGCAAAAUCUUUGAGAUUAUUACUUGAAAAAUGGAAUACAAACCAAAGGUACAAUUCUGGCUUUCAAAAAAGUGCUCAG